AUGCACAAAUCCACAAAGUCUCCAAAGAAGCCUGAGACGGCUGAAGUGAAUGUUUCGACUGUUGUCAUCAAACCAGUGGAACCUGUUGAUGAUACAGUAGUGGCAGAGAAAAUUCCUUCAAAAUCUGGUGUUUUUCGACGAUUGAAGAAAAGGACUAGGGGUUCACGAAAAUCUUCUGAUGUUGUGUUAAAAUCUUCUCCUUCUAACGUUCGUAAACCACAACUCUCUCAUCAAGGAGUCAUUUUUCGAGAGGUUCCAGCUCCAGUUUCGCCUCUGUCCAAGAAACGUAGAGCUGAAGAUGUGGCCAAACACAUUUCAAAGAAGAAGAAACGGCAACGCAAGUUGGUUAUCCAAGAGGCGUCUUCCGAAGAAGAAGUAGUUCCUGACACACCAGAACCAAUUGUUUCUCAAUCUGUAUCUACUCCUGAGCAGACUAUUGUCAUCCCACCCGAAGUCUCGUUAACUGAAUCAAAUACUGAGGAGGUGGUGAUUAAAGUCUCUGGAAUGGUCCGAGAUUCAGAGAUUCGACUCUUGGAGAAGAUUGAUCACAAUGAUCAGAAUGAUGAAUUAAGGCCUAAAUUCUCUCAAUUCGAUGUUUAG